ACUUCCUGCUGACGGAGAAACGCGCUAAAACGAUGUUCCGGUGAGCGGCGGCGGCAGCGGCAGCAUGGCAUCCGACAGCACGGUGGCUAAUGGCCGGGAGACGGCGGCCCUGAACGGGGAGCCGGUGAUGAAGAGGCCCCGGGAGAGCGCGCAGGAGUCGCUCCGCGUGGCGAAGGAGCCGCAGAACAAAGUGACCGUGGUGCUGGGCGCGCAGUGGGGCGAUGAGGGCAAGGGCAAGGUGGUCGACCUGCUCGCCAUGGAUGCGGAUAUCGUGUGCAGGUGCCAGGGAGGCAACAACGCAGGUCACACGGUGGUUGUGGACUCGGUGGAGUACGACUUCCACCUGCUGCCGAGCGGCGUCCUCAACAAGAAGGCUCUCUCCUUCAUCGGCAACGGGGUUGUGAUCCACCUGCCUGGUCUCUUUGAGGAGGCCGAAAAGAACCUGCAGAAAGGCAAAGGCCUGCAAGGAUGGGAGGAGAGGUUAAAGAUUUCCGAUCGCGCUCACAUCGUGUUCAACUUCCAUCAAGCGGUGGAUGGGAUCCAGGAGCAGCAGAGGCAGCAACAGGAGGGGAAAAAUUUGGGGACGACAAAGAAGGGGAUCGGUCCCGCCUACUCCUCCAAAGCCGCUCGAAAUGGUCUGCGAGUCUGUGACCUCGUCUCUGAUUUCAAGGUUUUCGAGGAAAAGUUCCGCGUGUUGGCCGAGCAUUUCCUGACGAUGUACCCCAACCUCAACAUCGACAUCGACAGUGAGCUGAACCAGCUGAAGGAAUAUGCAGAAAGGUUGCGUCCUCUUGUGACCGACGGUGUGUACUUCAUGCACAAAGCUCUCACCGGCCCCAGCAAGAAGAUUCUGGUCGAGGGAGCCAACGCCGCCCUCCUGGACAUUGACUUCGGGACCUAUCCGUUUGUCACGUCGUCUAACUGCACCGUGGGAGGAGUGUGCACUGGUCUGGGUGUGCCCCCUUCAUAUGUCGGCCGAGUGUACGGCGUCGUCAAAGCGUACACCACCCGUGUGGGUGUCGGCGCUUUCCCCACAGAGCAGAAUAAUGAGCUCGGCGCUCUGUUACAGUCCAGGGGCCGGGAGUUCGGCGUCACCACCGGCCGAAAGAGGCGCUGUGGUUGGCUGGACCUGAUUUUGGUCAGAUACGCCCACAUGGUCAAUGGCUUCUCCGCAAUUGCCCUGACGAAGCUGGACAUCCUGGACACGCUGCCCGAGAUCAAAGUGGGCGUGGCCUAUAAGGUUGAUGGCGAGCCUCUACCCAGUUUCCCUGCGAACAUGGAUGUGUUGUCGCGGGUGUCGGUGGAGUACGAGACGCUGCCCGGCUGGUGCUGCAGCACAGAGGGAGUGCGCAGCUUCGAGGAGCUUCCCCCCCAGGCACAGAGUUACAUUCGCUUCAUUGAGGACUUCCUGCAGGUGCCAGUGAAAUGGGUUGGAGUCGGCAAAUCCCGGGAGAGCAUCAUCAAGCUGUUUUGAUCUGUUGUAAUUUCCGGAACUGAUGUCCUCCUUUUCUUUUUUUUCCUUUUUUUUUUUUUUUUUGGUUUCUGCAGAGAUGACAGCAGCUCCAAUAAGAAUUCCAUGUUGUUAUAGGACAAGCUGAUGAGUUUAACAUAACUGUGUCCUACAGAAAACACAUCACCAGCAAAGCCAUUUGUGAAAACGUUUAGUUGCUGCUUUUGCUCCACAUUUACAAUAACUCUUCAUAGAUGUAAUUUAUGCUGCCUUCCAUAAGUUUCCUGUAUUUAUUGGGGCGUUAAGUUUUAUUAGCUGGUGCAAACGGACCGAUCACUCUUUGAUUCCACAGUAAAGCACGACCUUUCUUCUUCAUUUUAAUUCAUUUGAACCUAAAUAACAUAAGCUGGUAUCAUCUCACCAUAUAGCUCUUUUUUUAAGAACUUAAUUUUUUUUGAAGAGCCAAUGAUGAACAGAUGUAGAAGCUUUUGAUAAAGGGGGCGUGUCAUAAUGUAGGAAGUGAUCAUUUGCAGCCUUCAUACUGAGAGGGGACGUUUGUACGCCUUCAUCAUAGAUGAUUGAGGUUAUAAACUUUUUUAGACGAUUUUAAUCGAUCGAUUUAAAUCGAUCUCAGUUAUCAGUUUUAACUCACAAGUGAAAGACUUACUUCCAUUGUGGUCCUUGGUGACAUGCACAGCAGUAAUUCCACAGCUAUGAAUAAUCCCUAUAACAGUAACAGGUAACUUGGGUUUCACACGUUUUCCUUCACAGUUUUUAGAGAGGAGUCGCUGGGAACUCCAGUCGGCUGGUUUAGGAAGGUUUGUGUGACCUUGAGGAGAAUCAGUGGGCCUUAAUGUACCAAAGCUUCAGACACAUUUCACCAUGUUUCCUAGAGCAUUCCACUCACUUUGUGAAAAAGGUUAACCAGUCUUACUUGGCCUGCUGUAUCAAUAAAAUAAAAUUGUCAAAUUUUGUCUUUGUUUUAUUAUUUUUGGAGGAUUUUUUUUUUCAUAUAUAUAUAUUAUAAAUGUGUUAUGUGUAAUGGGUUUAGCAAUAAUCUGAUUCCAAAGAUUAUGACUGAUGUUACAGUUUGGGAAAAAAAAAAUAUCACUACAAAUAUUUUUGAGAAUGUAAAUAACUACUUGUUGGCUUCCUGAGCAACAGAGUGCACGUUUUCAUUUUAAGUUUGUAGAUGCAACCAUUGUUUAACCAUGUGUACAUUUUUGAAUUGUCCAUUUCAUAUUUUGUAGAUCUUAGAAGCGAUUCAGUAAUUCUGUAAAAUGAUGAGACUCAAUAAAUUCAAGCAUUGCAGCAGA